AUGCCUCAAAGAGAUGGUGGGUCUUGGAAUGCAUUGAUAACAGCAUACUCGCAAACUGGGAAUCCUGAGGAUGCCUUUGGCUUGUUCAUAAAGAUGAACAGGUUGGGUUUUUUGCCGAAUGAGAUUACAUUUGCUAGUGUUCUUGGGUCGUGUGCUGCAGUUUUGGCGCUUUGGCUUUCGAGGCAAAUUCAUGCGGUUAUUUUCAAGUAUGGUUUCAAUGGGAAUGUGAUUUUAGGGAGUUCACUUGUUGACAUAUAUGGGAAAUGUGGGGUUAUGAGGGAUGCCCGUGGAAUAUUUGAUGAGAUCCAGAAUCCAAAUGACAUAUCUUGGAAUAUAAUUGUGAGGCGGUAUCUCGAGAUGGGUGAAGGAAAGGAGGCAAUAAUUAUGUUUUUCCAGAUGUUUGUGGCAGCUGUUAGGCCAUUGAAUUUCACCUUUUCUAGUGCUCUUGUUGCUUGUUCGAGUAUUACUGCACUUGAAGAGGGAACGCAGAUUCAUGGAGCUGCAAUUAAAAUGGGUUUCGAAAAUGAUGAGGUUGUUUUGAGCUCCCUUAUCGAUAUGUACGCCAAAUGUGGGGAACUAGAGAAUGCGUGUGCAAUUUUUGACCAGCCCAAGUCGAAAAAUUUGAUUUCUGGGACUUCAAUUGUUUCAGGAUAUGCAAUGAGUGGACAGACAUGGAAGGCAAGAGAGUUCUUCAAUGAAAUGCCUGAACGGAAUGUGAUAACUUGGAAUGCAAUGUUGGCUGGAUACACUCAUUAUUUCCAGUGGGAAGAGGCUUUGAAUUUUAUAUUCCUGAUGGUGAACACAACAAAAAAUAUAGACCAAGUCACCCUUGGGUUAAUCCUCAAGGUGUGUGCUGGCCUUUCGGAUGUUGAAAUGGGAAAACAGGUUCAUGGAUUCAUUUACCGACAUGGUUUCUGUUCCAAUAUCUUUGUUGGAAAUGGCCUUCUUGACAUGUAUGGUAAAUGUGGGAACUUGAAAAGUGCCAAAACAGUCUGGUUUCACCAAAUUAGUCAAUGCCGGGAUAGAAUUUCUUGGAAUGCUUUGUUGAGUAGCUAUGCUCGUCAUGGCCGGAGUGAACUAGCUAUGACAAUAUUUUGUGAGAUGCAAUUGGAGGAAACACCUGAUGAGUAUACGUUUGCAAUUCUCCUGGCAGCUUGUGCAAAUAUUUUUGCACUUGAGCAAGGAAAACAAAUUCAUGGUUUCAUGAUCAGAAAUGGUUAUACAAUGGAUAGUGUGGUCAGAGGGGCAUUAGUUGACAUGUAUUCCAAGUGUCGUUCUAUUGAGUAUGCUAUCAUGGUUUUCAAAGAGAGGGCUUCAAGAGAUGUAAUUCUGUGGAACUCCAUGAUUUUGGGAUGCUGUCACAACUAUAAGGGGAGAGAAGUACUUAAAUGUUUUGGUUUGAUGGAGGAUGAAGGUAUUAAGCCAGACCAUGUAACAUUUCGAGGUGUUUUACAUGCUUGUACAUAUGAAGGUUUUGUUGAGUGGGGCAGGCAGUAUUUUGAUUCGAUGACCAAUGAGUACGGUAUUAUACCUAGGUUGGAGCACUAUGAGUGCAUGAUUGAACUCUACAGCCAAUGGGGGUACAUGGAUGAGCUUGAAGAUUUUGUAAAGAAUAUGCCAUUUGAUCCUACAGUCCCAAUGUUGACAAGAAUCCUUGAUGCUUGUAGAAGACAUGGCUGCUUGAGAUUGGGACAAUGGGCUGCUCAAAGACUUAAUGAGUAA